CGCUCUCGCUCGGUGACGUGAGCCGCUGCGCGCCGUGGCCUGUGGGCAGGAAGAGUGUGCGAGAGCGCGUCGAUCACUCCACGACCAAGACACGGCGCAGAGGGACCCACGGGGGGCCGAGCAUGACGGGACUCUAAUGCUGAGGCACGGCCCAAAUCAAGCCCGCGCUCACCCACGACGGAUCACCGAGUCCGACGCUUUUGGGUGGAAAUCCACCAGCGGUGCGACGGCGCCUCGAGCGGGCUGAGGACGAGCAGGGCGGCCAGCUAGAGGAAGGCGAGAGCGAGCGAGCGAACUAGCGCCCGUCCGGAGCCAUGAGAGAAUACAAAGUAGUGGUGCUGGGGUCCGGCGGCGUGGGGAAAUCGGCGUUAACGGUGCAGUUCGUUACCGGGUCCUUCAUAGAGAAAUACGACCCGACGAUAGAAGAUUUCUACCGCAAGGAGAUCGAAGUGGACUCGUCGCCCUCCGUAUUGGAGAUUCUGGACACGGCGGGGACCGAGCAGUUCGCCUCCAUGCGAGAUCUGUACAUCAAAAAUGGGCAGGGGUUUAUACUUGUCUACAGUCUGGUUAACCAGCAGAGCUUCCAAGAUAUCAAACCGAUGAGGGAUCAGAUCAUCCGCGUGAAAAGGUACGAGCGAGUGCCCAUGAUCUUGGUGGGGAACAAGGUGGAUCUUGAAGGCGAGAGAGAGGUCUCUUCCGGGGAAGGCAAAGCCCUGGCGGACGAGUGGAAUUGCCCGUUUAUGGAAACGUCAGCCAAAAAUAAAGGCUCAGUCGACGAACUGUUCGCGGAGAUUGUCAGACAAAUGAACUACGCUUCUGCGCCAAACGGAGACGACCAGUGCUGUUCCUCUUGCGUUAUUCUUUAAAAGAAAUACAUGUAGUAUUUUAAGUUUGCAAUGGCGAGUUAGCAACUCGUAACACGACUCCGUAAGACAAAAGAACGAGGAAUGGAACCGACAAGUUUGCUCGAGGACAAAAGCACGCGCUCGUCUCUGCAGAUUUCUUUCUGGUGUUAGCUGUCAUCAGUAUUCUAAAGUGUCCUAUAUUGUCUUGCACACGCAUAAUACAACGACGACAAACGUGCAUCAGUGUUUACAAUGACACAAUACUUGAACGUUCUGGGAUUUAGACAAACCCGACACGCUUAACCAUGGGCACUCGAGUCUGGAAACGUGAUCUCCUGGUGCCUAGCUGUGUGGUAGUUUGUCUUUAGCGACAUAAAACGGACGUUUGUAAUUCUUUUUUUCUGUUCUGGAGGUGUUUUGCAGGAUUUCUUAACUGUUGAGCUCCGCGUCUCUCUCCCCCCCCGGGUCUUGGCAGCACUACUUUAGGGGAGGUGGAGACUCCCGGAGCAGCCGCUCACACUUCAGGAGUUCCGCUUGGUUGGAGUAUUGUUGCAGCACACUUGAUGUACACCACUGAUGUCAACACGCGCGGCCGACCCAGCGCCUAGCUCGUCUCGGCCUGCACUCGUGACUGGAACUCAUCCCUAACCAGAGACGUGGAAACUGCGACAUAAGCUCGAGCGUUUCUUCAGAGGACGAACUUGGGGAAACUAAUGGCUAUAUUGCAUCACUUGCUGCAAAUGACUCGGGUUGAAGGAGCGCUUUUUUGAGCGUUUGGCAGCGGAUGGCGUCCUAAUGUAAAACCACUUCACUCUGAUCAGUGCCACCUUUUUUAACUCAGCGUGCGCGAGGACCUUACUGUAGUGACGUAGGGGCGUGGAGUUUACGCCCGUGUGUCGAGUGCCUUCCAAAAAAGUUGCUCAGCUUUUAGUGCCAACCCGAGAAAGUUUGAAAGGAGUUUUAUGGCAAUCCAGAGUACUUAACUGUUACACUCUGUAAUCUUUAGGGGUUUUAAAAUAUACAUCGAACCUCCAUGUCAAACGAAUGAUUUUCUUUUUGCCCACAAUUUGGCCUUUAAUAGUGUUUUAUUAUUGUUUUUUUCCCUCUUGAAAAACCGGUCUAGACCUGGCCAAAUGUUUGAAAACAGGUACUGGAUCCCCACGACUCAAAACCCUCGUUCAUGUCUUCUAGACCAGUGAAAACAAAUGUUGUUGGUUUUUUUUCCCUUUCUCUUCUUCUUCUUUUUUUUUUUUUUUUUUUUUAACAAAGUGAUGUACCAUUGAAAUUCUAAUCCGAUUGUACGUCUAAUUUCAGACCAGUUUUUUAACAGCUGUUCUGACUGUUUAAAAGACUUUUAAUACAAAUUGAAUUUUUAAAAAAUA